AUGAUUUAUCAAUUUUUGAUUUUAAAAAUUAAUUAACAAUCAAAAAAUAAAGUUAAGCUUAACUUUCUUAGUCCAAGAGCGAAGUAGAAUUCUAAUAAUUAAAUGCUACUUAAUAAAUAAGUCUUCACUAAAAUAAAUAUUAAAAGCUACAGUGAGGUAGAUUACAUCUCAAAAGAAUAUUAAAAGUUUAUGAAAAAGUGCUACUUAGAUCAUAAGAUUAAAGAUAAGAAGCAAAGGGCUAAAAAGGGACUCCUUAAAUAGUUAAAGUGUAGAAAGAGUGAUCAUAGGAAUUCUAAAUAUACUUACAUUACUGUGUCUCACAUGUAAAAGUGUGGGCUCUGUUUGAAAAAAUUUAGAGAGCUAAUAGCAGCAAUUAAAAAAUAUAAGAAGCUUGCUUUCUCUUUUGUUUCUAUAAAAAAGAAAUUUUAGCUUCGACUUGAAAAAUAUAUAGAAAUUCUUCAGCUAUUAAAGUAAUGA